CUGGAGCAGCGAAAUCCAAAGCGCGGAGCCCAAAAAUAUACCUCUGCAGCCCCCAAGACAACGGUGAAGCGUGCUGCCAGAGAUAGAGAGAGAAAGCACAGAGAGAGAGAGCGUGGAGAGAGCACCAAAAGAGAGCACCGAAAGCGUGGCGUUCUUCAAUAGAUUUGCCAUUUCCCGCACAGAAUUAUCUCCCUGUGCUCAGUGCUAAAGUUGUCGUCGUCGCGCUGCGAAGCUCGUGUGGGCAAGGCAAGGCCGCCGUUCAUCGAGAUACGCCCACCCACCGCCGCCGUCGCCAUUGCCGCCCGCUGGCGCCCCCAUGGCCACGCCUCCCGCCCAGCAGCUGUAAGAGAGUGAAGUGCGUGCCGCCGGUUGUAAAAAUCUCGCAGGACAUCGCUAGUCCCGCAAUAUAUACAAGUUUUGUCUAUACUUUUUGCAUAAUACGCCACAAAAUCGAACGGGAAAAACGAAACAGUUAAGUGGCGCGUAAAUAUUGCGGUAAAUUUCGAGUAUUUCCAGUGUCAACCCAAGCAACUUACCUUUGUUGUAAUUGUUACAAUUCACAAUCCAAAUCCAAAACCAACACGAAAACCCAUUCCUCCCCUCCGAAAGAGUCCCAAGUCUCCCUAGUCCGCACCCCGCGUGUAUCAGCGAAGCGCCAGCGCGUGUUAUCAGCAAACGAAACGCGACAAAAACACAGAACCCGCAAAAACACAAAAAGCUAAAAUGAAAUAGAAGUAACAGAAAAGUAAAGAAAAAAAAGAUCCAAAUACAAAUGAAACCGAAUGAAAAGAAAUGCUGUGAAUGUGAAUGCAUUUGUGUUUAGAUGAAAACCUCCCACAACUUGCAGACAAGAAGAAAUUGGCUUUCCCGGCUUUCCCGCUCUCGCAGUCAUAGGAAAAAUUCAACGGUUAACCGGCGGAGUGGACGCAUUUAAAGACAAACAAAAGUGGAGCAGACGUGCAUGAAGCCAAGACGAUGAGUCUGUCCCAUCAAUUACCUGGCCAUUAAAGUUGAGGACCGGAGAGCAACAGAUUACUGUCAGCACUGUGGUCGGGUAAAGCUCCUGGAAUCCUGGUGACCUGGUCCCAUAAGUGGGCGCGUACGUGACUUAAUCAGCGGGCGCAGCUGGAGCUCUGAGUCCCGGCUAACGAGGCCAACGAGCCACGAGGUGGAGCAGGAGCAGGAGCAGGAGGAGGAGGAGGAGCUUGCAGAGCUGUAUCCUGCCCGCAAUGAUUUCAUGCACGGCACAGUGAGCAGCAGCAACAUGACAGAUUGUGGCGGCGCCGCAGCUCCGGUGGAAAUAAGCACCACAGCCGCCACAACGUCGGCGACGUCCUCGGCAUCGUCGUCGUCGUCCGCAUCGAAACCGCUGACCAAUGGCGCCAACAAGGCGGCCACGUCAACAGCAGCCGGGGGAGGAGGAGGAGGAGCCGGAGCCGGAGCCACAGUCAUCCCCACCAGCAGUAACAGCAACAGUAGCUCCAGGAAUACGUUGGACCAUCACCGGCAGAGCAAUAACAAUCGACCUGCGGUCAGUCCCAAGCCAGAUGUCAGGCUAAGAUCUCCGGAUCUGGGGACACCUGUUGCCUCCACAUCCGCCUCGGCACAGGCCAGCAGCCAGACCCAGACAUUGGGUCCACACGAGAGGCUGGCCAAGACGGCUGGCUCCUCGGCAUCCCAGCAGGAUGUCGAUGAGGUGGCCAAGCUGUUCGAAGAGAAACCGGAAGCCUUUGAGAAAUGGUUGACGGAAAGGGCACCGCCGGAAGCACUCAGCCGACUGCAGGAGUUUAUAGAGAGCCGGAAGCCGAUCAAGCGACCCUCGGUCACAUCCGAUCUGUUCCAGCAAUGGAUGGCCGCCUCGCCCACCGUGCAGCAGAAAUCACCGAGAAGCCUCUCGAACUCAUCAGCCUCCUCGAUACCCGAGUGCCGGCGGCAUCUGAUGGACCUGGACGAGGGCGAACUGUUCAUGGAACUGAUUCGGGACGUGGCCAACGAGCUGGACAUCGAUGUGCUCUGCCACAAAAUUCUGGUGAACGUGGGCCUGCUGACCCACGCGGAUCGUGGCUCACUGUUUCUGGCCAAGGGCACGCCCACCAACAAGUACCUGGUGGCCAAGCUGUUCGAUGUCACCCAAAAGACAGCACUCAAGGACGCGGUGACUCGGGCCAGUGCCGAGGAGAUUAUCAUUCCCUUUGGCAUCGGCAUUGCCGGGAUGGUGGCGCAGACAAAGCAGAUGAUUAACAUCAAGGAGGCGUACAAGGAUGCGCGAUUUAACUGCGAAAUCGAUCUGAAGACCGGCUACAAGACCAAUGCCAUCCUCUGCAUGCCCAUUUGCAAUUACGAGGGCGACAUUAUAGGUGUGGCGCAAAUCAUUAACAAAACGAAUGGCUGCAUGGAAUUCGACGAACAUGAUGUGGAAAUCUUCCGUCGAUAUCUCACUUUCUGCGGCAUUGGCAUCCAGAAUGCCCAGCUGUUCGAGAUGUCCGUCCAGGAGUAUCGACGCAACCAAAUCCUCCUCAACCUGGCCCGCAGCAUCUUCGAGGAGCAGAACAACCUCGAGUGCCUUGUCACCAAAAUAAUGACGGAGGCCAGGGAGCUCCUUAAAUGCGAACGCUGCUCAGUGUUUCUUGUGGACCUCGACUGUUGCGAAGCGAGCCAUUUGGAGAAGAUAAUUGAGAAGCCCAAUCAGCCAGCCACCCGCGCCAUCAAGUCAGCCGACAGCUUCGAGGAGAAGAAAAUGCGCAAUCGUUUCACGGUUCUGUUUGAACUCGGCGGCGAGUACCAAGCGGCCAAUGUCUCACGGCCUUCGAUCAGCGAGCUCAGCACCUCGACCCUGGCCCAGAUUGCCCAAUUUGUGGCCACCACAGGGCAGACGGUGAACAUAUGCGAUGUCCACGAGUGGGUCAGGGAGCACAAUCAAAUCAGAGCCGAGAGCGAGAUCGAUAGCACCCAGGCCAUACUCUGCAUGCCCAUUGUCAAUGCCCAGAAGACGGUGAUUGGUGUGGCUCAGUUGAUAAACAAGGCCAAGGGCGUUCCCUUUACCGACUCGGAUGCCUCGAUCUUUGAGGCCUUUGCCAUUUUCUGUGGUCUGGGCAUCCACAACACUCAGAUGUACGAGAAUGCCUGCAAGCUGAUGGCCAAGCAGAAGGUGGCCCUCGAGUGCCUCAGUUACCAUGCCACCGCCAGUCAGGAUCAGACGGAGAAGCUUACACAGGAUGCGAUUGCAGAGGCGGAGUCCUACAACCUGUACAGUUUUACCUUUACGGACUUUGAACUAGUGGACGAUGACACUUGUAGGGCCGUGCUGCGCAUGUUUAUGCAGUGCAAUUUGGUCUCUCAAUUUCAAAUACCCUAUGAUGUCCUUUGCCGUUGGGUCUUGAGUGUCCGAAAGAACUAUCGUCCCGUGAAGUACCACAAUUGGCGGCAUGCCCUGAAUGUGGCCCAAACCAUGUUUGCCAUGCUAAAAACCGGCAAGAUGGAGCGCUUCAUGACUGACCUAGAGAUCCUGGGCCUGCUGGUGGCCUGUCUGUGCCACGAUCUGGAUCAUCGCGGCACUAACAAUGCCUUUCAGACCAAAACCGAAUCCCCGUUGGCCAUUUUGUACACCACCAGCACAAUGGAGCAUCAUCACUUCGAUCAGUGCGUGAUGAUCCUCAACUCGGAGGGAAAUAAUAUAUUUCAGGCCCUGUCACCGGAGGAUUAUCGCUCCGUUAUGAAGACUGUUGAGAGCGCCAUUCUGUCCACCGAUCUGGCCAUGUACUUCAAGAAGCGAAAUGCUUUCCUGGAGUUGGUGGAAAAUGGGGAAUUCGACUGGCAAGGCGAGGAGAAAAAGGAUUUACUUUGUGGCAUGAUGAUGACGGCCUGCGAUGUGAGUGCCAUUGCCAAACCCUGGGAGGUUCAACACAAAGUGGCCAAGUUAGUGGCCGAUGAAUUCUUUGAUCAGGGAGAUCUCGAGAAGCUGCAGCUCAACACACAGCCAGUGGCCAUGAUGGACAGGGAACGCAAGGACGAGCUACCCAAGAUGCAGGUGGGCUUUAUCGAUGUGAUCUGCCUGCCUCUGUACAGAGUUCUUUGCGACACUUUCCCCUGGAUCACUCCCUUGUACGAGGGCACCCUGGAGAAUCGACGCAACUGGCAGGAUUUGGCCGAGAAGGUGGAGAUGGGUCUCACCUGGAUCGAUCACGAUACCAUUGACAAGCCGGUGGAAGAGUUUGCCGCCUGCGAGGACGAGGAGAUCAAGGACAUUGAGUUCACGGUGACCACGCUCAACUGCAAUCAGCAGUCGCAAUCGCAGCACGGCAGCGAGGACAGUCACACGCCGGAGCACCAGCGCAGUGGCUCCCGGCUGAGCAUGAAGAAGACGGGAGCUCUGGGUAAGGCCGUUCGUUCUAAGCUCUCGAAGACGCUGUACAACAGCAUGGAUGGCUCCAAGCCGAAGACCUCGUUGAAGCUCCUCGAAUCCCACGUCAGCGAGGAUAUGGACGACAAGAGUCCGACGAGUCCGUCGCAACCGCAGGCCUCCGGCAGCAUGGGCCGCAUGUCCGCCUCCUCAUCCACCUCGUCCGCUGGCGGCGGCGGCGUCGUUGGCGCCUCUGGACAGGUCCAGGUGGUGGACAAGUCCAAGAAGCGCUCCAAGCUGUGCGCGCUCUUAUGACGAAAGCCGUCCAAUUAGAAUAUGGCGACCCCCUCCAGCACUCCGGGCAGUGAGACUGACCACAAGUGCGGAGGGGGGAUGACCGAGUUCUAAUUGGCGUCGAUUUUGCUAAAAGGUUCACACUAACUUGUUGCUCCUACCUGUAUCUAUUGGCCAUGUUCACACAUUCAAAUCCGAUUAGUUUGUGUCAUUUUUUUGCUGGUAAAAUUGCACUACUAUUUUAGGGACCUAAAAGUUUUUCCAGAGAAAUUCUUGGAAAUGUAUUUAAAAGUUUGAAACGUUAUUUAACUCGUUUAUAGAGAAAUCAAGAAAUUAAGAUAACUUUGCGAUAGCCAAAGUUCGUAUACCCUUGUAGCUUGAAUCAGGGAGCCAAAUCCUAAAUCGAUCAUAAUUUAGCCAAAAAUGCAUUAAUCUCGAUUCGGAAAGCUGAUC